AACAAAUUUAAGAUUCUGAUAAUUCACACAACUCUAUAUAUAUACAUAUACCCUUGUUGUGUUAUUACAAGCCAAAAACUGAAAAAGGGUGUUUUUUUUAGUACUAUUUUGCCUAUUUCUGAUCUGAAAUUUCAGAUUUUCCGGCGAGAAAAUGGCGACGGAUAUGGAGGUGCAGCAGAACGGGAAGGAGACGGUGGCGGUGGUUAAUGGGUGUUGCAAAAAAGGACCUGGUUAUGCUUCUCCACUUGCAGCCAUGGAUGGUCCUAAAGAAUCUUUAAUUUAUGUCACCUGCAUAUAUACUGGAAUGGGAAGGGGCAAACCCGACUAUCUGGCUACAGUAGAUGUAGAUCCUAAUUCACCAUCUUAUUCAAAAGUGAUCCACAGGCUGCCUAUGCCUUAUGAGGGUGAUGAACUUCAUCAUUCUGGAUGGAAUUCCUGCAGUUCUUGUUAUGGAGAUCCAUCAGCUGCUCGACGAUAUCUCGUCCUGCCUUCACUAAUAUCAGGACGCAUUUAUGCAGUUGACACACAAAAGGAUCCAAAGGCUCCCAGUUUGUAUAAAGUUGUUCAGCCAGAUGAUGUCGUCAAGAAGACAGGAUUAGCAUUCCCGCACACUGCUCACUGCCUUGCUUCUGGUGAGAUAAUGUUGUCAUGUCUCGGAGAUAAAGAUGGAAAUGCUGAGGGGAAUGGAUUUCUUCUUCUCGAUUCAGAUUUCAACGUGAAAGGAAGAUGGGAGAAACCAGGUCAUGGUCCCCUCUUUGGCUAUGACUUCUGGUACCAGCCUCGACACAACACCAUGAUCAGUUCCACCUGGGGAGCUCCAUCUGCUUUCACCAAAGGUUUCAACCUGCAGGAUGUUGCUGAUGGGCAUUAUGGUCGACAUUUGCAUGUCUACACAUGGCCCGGUGGUGAACUUAAACAGACAUUGGAUCUUGGGAACACUGGGCUCCUUCCUCUAGAGAUAAGGUUCUUGCAUAAUCCAUCUGAAGCAAUUGGGUAUGUGGGCUGUGCUUUGACCAGUAACAUGGUGCGAUUUUUCAAGAAUCCAGAUGACUCGUGGGGACAUGAGGUAGCUAUCUCAGUAAAACCAGUGAAAGUGCAGAACUGGAUUCUUCCUGAAAUGCCUGGUCUUAUUACUGAUUUUCUGAUCUCUCUCGAUGAUCGUUUUCUAUACCUGGCAAACUGGCUACAUGGUGACAUUCGACAGUACAAUAUUGAGGACCCUGCCAAUCCUAAGUUAACUGGCCAAGUAUUUGUUGGAGGAGUAUUUCAAAAAGGAAACGCUGUACUCGCUGAGGCUGAAGAUGGUUCCACAUACCAGGUUGAUGUCCCAGAAGUCCAGGGACAUCGGUUGAGAGGAGGGCCUCAGAUGAUACAACUGAGUCUAGACGGAAAACGUUUGUAUGUCACAAACUCAUUGUUCAGUACAUGGGACCGUCAAUUCUACCCCGAAAUGAUAGAGAAAGGAGGUCACAUGUUACAAAUCGACGUUGACAGUGAGAAAGGUGGACUUGCUAUUAACCCAAGAUUUUUCGUUGAUUUCGGAGCUGAACCUGAUGGUCCAUCUUUGGCUCAUGAAAUGAGGUAUCCUGGUGGUGACUGCACUUCUGAUAUUUGGAUAUGAGUGUCUAAAAUCUCAUAAAGAAUAAAGUCUGGUGACUCUGGUCCCAUUGUAUUGCAUUUGUUUAUUGCAAAUCCUCCUCAAACUCCCAUGUACCUUAAAACUACACCAUUUCAGUGUCUCCUUAGCUUUGUCUUGAUUUCAGUACUCUGGUUAUCCCUUCUUUAUAUUAGCUCUUUGUUAAAUAAAGUCUUUUUUUUUA